AUGUGGCACUGUGCCACUGGAUUUACUGCUGGAACUUCACUGGCUAUAAAGCCGAAUGGAACUGUAACCCACAGAAAUGUUCUACCUUUGUUGAAUUGCACCAUCAUUAAUAGGAAUUUUCCUGAGUGCCCAGAGACAUUUAUCCUGGGUGCUGUCAUCCUAGGUUUUGGAAUAUGGAUUUUGGUGGACAAAACAAGCUUCAUUUCAGUUCUACAGACCUCAUCAUCAACUACAAAAGUUGGAGCAUACAUUCUUACUGGAGUAGGAGCUCUCACCAUGUUAAUGGGGUUCCUGGGCUGUGUUGGAGCGGUCAAUGAGAUUCGCUGCCUCUUGGGACUGUAUUUUACCUGCCUGUUGCUGAUCCUCAUAGCCCAAAUAGCUGCCGGCCUUCUGAUCUAUUUCCAGAGGAAUGCACUUAAAGCGGAAAUGUCUGGGAUUGUUAGCGAACUUGUCCAGAAUUAUAAUCCUUAUGAUGAAACCAACAGGACCCUUGAAAAUGCUUGGGACUAUGUCCAGUUACAAGUAAGUUGCUAUGUAAGAGUUAAUGAGACUGUUAGUGAUAUUGUCAAUAAUACAUAUGGUAAGCUUUUUCUUCAAUGAGAAUAGUAACAUCAA